AUGAUGCGCGAAUUGCAGACUCCGUUGCACGAGACGACUGUGGGCUCGACGGACGCGCCGUUCACGUCGUUUGUNCAGUCGUCGCACACGGGAGACAACUCGACGACAAACUCGAGACAAAUACUGAAGUACUCGAAGAAACGACUCAGAGGUCCUUAUGGAGAGAUGUUGGAGUCGAUGAUGAAAACGAAGAACAACAACGAAGACGACACUAAACACAACCUGUCGUUCAUUCAGGAGUUGUUGCGCGAAACGGCUCAACAGCGCAAACAGUUGGACACCAACGCCAGGGAGACGACGGGAACGGCGGCCGACGCCCACGAACUCAGCACUUCCACUGCCGAAGCGACGCCACAAUCGGACGUGUCGUCCAACGCGACGUCCAUUACGGCGACCAUUGGACGACAUUUGGACACUCGCACUCACAUUGUGGGCGAACUCUACGACACGGAAAAGUCGUUUUGCGAGCAAUUGCGGGAUUUGGUGGAGAAAUACGCGAAACCGUUGUCCGAAAUGCUUAUAAUUGACUCGAUUUUCGUGGAAAUCAUUUUCGGCAAAAUCCCCGAAAUCCUCGCAAUUCACUCGAAAUUUCUGGACGAACUUCGCCAUAGGAUCACCGAAUGGUCGCCUCUGGAGACGACUGUCGGCGACGUCUUCUCACUCUUCGACGAGAAGAGCUGUUCCGACGCUUACCUCUCUUUCGUCGACAACUGGUUCGAAGCGAAACAAUUGGUGAAACAGUUGUCGCGCGACAAACCCCUCUUCCACAAGUUCCUCGCCGAGCAGUCACGUGAGCACCGGUCGAAGCUCUCAUUGGACGAACUCAUGAUUGGCGUCAUUCAGCGAAUGCCGCGCUUCGAGCUAUUGUUGAAGCAGUUGCUGAAGAACACCGACAAAGAGCACAAAGACUUCGCGCUCCUCAACAACGCUCUCAAGAAAAUCCAUUCACUCGUUCUGUACAUCAAUCGCGUGAAGAAUGACGUCGACGUCGGCUCCCAUUCGUCGUCUCUGUCGUCGUCGGCCGUCGGCGGCGGACAACAGCUCGACGUCAACCAGUCGUCCGUAACUGUCGGCCAAUUGGAGGCCAUUUGCGACGGCCUUCCGUCGCUUUCGGGCGCCACUCUUCACGACAUCGCUUUCGUGUCGAUUCGCAAACGCGAACGCAUUUUGUUGCUCUUCUCGAACCUUCUCAUUAUCGUGUCGUUGAAGGGGAAGAAGAAGUCGCAGAAGUUCGAGGAAAACAAGUACAAAGUGUUGAACUUCUUCGCGUUGGACGCACUCGACGUCAACUGCAACGACGCGACGACGACGACGACAGCCGCGAACGAAGGCGUCGUCUCAGACGACAACUGCUUCGAAGUGCUGGAAAAGGAUCUGCAGAUUCUGCGAACCAUUGAGACGUCUUUUGUGUCGCGCUUGUCGUCGAAUUCGCGACACUUUUUGGACUCUGUUUUCCACGAAUUGAAUCAAAACAUAAACAAACGAAUGAACGAAAUGAAGAACUCCGAGAAGAAUCUCGAGCUUAUCGUCACUUCCGGCCAAACCGGGACUUCCGGUCACGACUCGUCCGCACAAACGCCGUCCAAUCAGAACAAUGCGUCCAUUUUGUUGUCGUUUUUGUCGCUCGAAAAGCGACAGAAAUUCCAGGAAAUACUCAAAGAACUGAAAUCCGAGAAAUACUCGAAAAACUCGACAAUUAUUCCCGAAUUCCUUUGUUUUCUUCCCAUUCGCAAAACCCGCGCCGGUCUGCAGUUCACGUGCGCGUCGCCGACGAUCGGCACAAACGACGUCUGGAUUUGCAAUUCCGACGGAUUCGUCGGUCAGAUAUCCGUUCUGUCGCUCAACGCCACGAACGGCGCGUCCGUCGAGCCCACUGUCGUCUCGUGCAACGGAGUCUGCAAUUCGCGCAUCAUUUGCAUGACUUGUGUCCCCAAAUCGCCCGAAACGCCGUCUCAGACGCAGACUAGCGAUGAAUCCGACGUUAGUGACAGCGACGGCGGCGACACUCACAGCGACUCCAAUAUGACGAGAGGUCGCUCGCGACGACACACAGACGACAGCCUGUCGUCCAGUCGUUCGGCGACGAUGUGGUUCGGAACAGACGACAGCUCUGUUCACAUCUACUCCUGCUUUGACGCCAUUCGGUAG